UUUCUAGCAGCGCGUUGCUUUUCCUCUGUUGUUCACCUGUUGCGACUUGUAAACAACCCGUGUCAAGAAAACACUAGGAUACUUUACUAGGAUUUAUUUCGUGUCUACAUCUGGCGGGAGUCUGAGAAGCCUCGUUGCUGUGUUGAGAUAACGGUCAGUUGUGUUCAGUUUCCUCCUGCUUCCUUUAGAGUGGUCUGUGCAGCACACACAAGAUGUUGAGAAGUGGCUCAGCUCAGAUCUUCAGACAGCUGGUGAGAUACACUAGCACAGAUACCAGCCUCAUCCUGGAGAGAUCGAUAAACCGUGUCCAGCUGCUGGGUCGGGUCGGUCAGGAUCCUGUGAUGAGACAAGUCGAGGGCCGUAACCCUGUUACCAUCUUCUCCUUAGCAACCAACGAGAUGUGGCGUGCUGGAGAGGGAGAGGCGACUUCAACAGGCGACAUCAGUCAGAAGACGACGUGGCAUCGAGUGUCAGUGUUCAAGCCCGGUCUAAGAGAUGUGGCCUACCAGUACGUCAAGAAAGGGUCUAGAAUUCUAGUUGAGGGGAAACUGGACUAUGGGGAGUAUGUGGACAAGAAUCAAGUGAGACGUCAGGCUACCACCAUCAUUGCAGACAACAUCAUCUUCCUGAGCGAGAACAGAGACCGAAUCUGAAGGACUUUCCUCUUCAUCUCCAUCCAACAACAAGACAUCUUCUUUUGUAUUUUCCUGUUUCUGCAAAAAUGAGACUGGGGACCUGAAUGGCACCAAGUAAAGGAACUGAUUGACCCAGCCAGAGAGGGGACAGGAUAAGCUGUGACACACUGAUCAUGUUUGAGUGUGGCGCCUCCUGCUGGCGGAAGAAAAAAUAUUUUUCAGCUUCCAAGAGAAACAGUACAAGCUCACUCUUGUAGUAAAUAUACACUUAGAAAUUAUUCAUGACUGUGCCAGUUGUACAUAACUGUUGUAAAGAUACAGUUCAAACACUUUUUGUUUGUGUGUCAAAUGCUGCACUUGCAGUUUGUAUGUAUUUACUUGCCACACUGUUGACUUGGUUAAAACACUUUGACCUUUAAGAUUCUUUUAACCUUCAAAAACCUGAUGUUUUAGAAAACAAGGUUGCCAUUUGCAAACAAAUCUUUCAGCCUGUGUCAUGUCUCAGAUUAACUUGUCUCUAUGGCAGAUGUCAGCUGUUUUUCUUGCACUUCUCAGAAUGGAAAUCUAACAGGACUGAAAGUAAAAAAGGAGAAUAGCAUCCAAAUGUAAAGGAAGAAGCUUCAUUUUAAAUUUGUUACUCAUACUGUGUUUUCCUGUUCAUGUCGCUGAGCUGACACUGUAACUGUACCUUAUUGUACUGAUAGUUUGGUUCCUUUUAUACAUUUAAUUUAUUCUUGUUUUCUGCCCUGUCACUCUUGUCAGGUGUUACCACACAUCUUUUUUUUUCUUCCUGGACAGUCACUGGUUGCUUUCAGCUUAUUACUGCUGGUUCUUUGUAAAUGUUGCUCUAAUAGAUUUCUUUACCAAAGUAUUUUGUUAUGUUUAUGUUCACUUUAU